UGUCAUUCGUCGUUGUUUGCAAGUGAAAACUGGUGAAGGGGAAAACGAAAAUUUUCUCGUUUACGGUGGUAAGGUGUUGUAACAGUUCCUGAGGGAUGUCUACGCCCGCCAGAAGAAGACUCAUGAGGGACUUUAAAAGAUUACAAGAGGAUCCACCUACAGGAGUUUCGGGAGCACCAACCGAUAACAACAUUAUGAUUUGGAAUGCAGUCAUAUUUGGGCCACACGACACACCGUUCGAAGAUGGGACCUUUAAACUUACUAUAGAAUUCACGGAAGAAUAUCCGAAUAAACCACCCACUGUAAGAUUUGUUAGUAAAAUGUUCCACCCGAAUGUAUACGCUGACGGAGGAAUUUGUCUCGAUAUCCUGCAAAAUCGUUGGAGUCCCACCUACGAUGUCUCUGCAAUUUUAACUUCUAUACAGUCGCUGUUAAGUGAUCCGAAUCCGAAUUCACCUGCCAACUCAAUGGCAGCACAACUGUACAAAGAAAACCGACGUGAAUACGAGAAACGAGUAAAGGCUUGUGUGGAGCAGAGUUUUGUGGAUUAGUUGGUGGACGUGCUGACUGCUGUCGGCGCUGUCUCAUCAGCAGCAUUAAACGACCAACAAUCAACUUGAACAUCAACAUCAACGCCGUCAUUUAAUAUAUAGAAGAACGUGCAGCCUUAUCAAGGAGCUACGCUGAUCGCUUCGAAUGCGUCAUAAUUCCUUAUAAAAAAAUGAAAAAUAAUGAAAAAUAAUUAAUAGUAAUACAAAAAUAAUGGAGGAAAAACAACUCUUUCUCAACAUUUACAGCGUGUGCAACAUUAGAUCGAAUUUUUACAAUGUUGUAUAAUAAAUUAAUAUAAACUGUGUAUUUAUUUAUUGGAGGAUUCGAUAAAAAAAGAAAUGGAAAUGAACGAAGAAAAUGAUGAAAUUAGUAAUGUUGUUUAAUAAUUGCAUUAGGGUAUGGAGUAAUAAAAUAAUUAAACUACCUUAUCUAUCACAAUUUUGUCUCUGUGUUCGCUAUGCGGCGUUUUCAUCCAUCGAAAGCACAGAUCCACAAACUUGAGUUCAAUAAUAUUGUAACACUUCGUACAUAGUCUUGACAUUUAACUAUACAUAUAUAAAUAUACAUAAUAUACAUACAUACAUUCAAUAAAAUGCAUAAUUAUAAUCUC